AUGGAGGAAGUACAGGCUCAAAUUGUUAGUGCUACAUUGAAGGACGUAUUCCACAAAGCUCUCCCGUCACCGGCCGACCUUCUGCCCUGGUACAUACCGAAGUGUUUUUGGCGUUCGCUCGUAGCAACUCGCCAGAUUGCUGCCUGUGAAAGCAUCCCGCUCCGACGGCCGGAUCCCUCGGCAAACGGUGACGAUCGGUACUGCCCGGCGCAACCGGCACGAGACAUACUUCUUCAGUGCGGCAUUGCCCUAGCGCGCCUGCACAACGUCCAGCACGUCUUCGUCGUCAGCCGAAAUGGUGGCACCGUAAGACGAUUGUUGCAAUUGAUGAAGGAGAACACGGCCGCACUGCGCGUGCUAGUGCUCAGUGAUAGGAUUUCCACUGUGGAACAGUUCCGCGACGAGGGAAAGCGAAACGUUUUCCUGCUGCGCUAUGGAAGGGCAGCACUGGUGAAUGAUGGGCCGACUUCGAACCUUCCCGCAAGCCAUGGUAUUGCUAGUGAUGAGGACAUUCUACACGAUGUCGACAGCUUCCCGAGCCGGUACGGACGGAACAAGGAGCAGCUGUAUGAAGAAAAGCUCAUGAAACUGUUCCACAGUGCACGGUUGGUGCUUGAACAGAUGUGCCCGGAAUCUUCGUCUAUUUCUUUCCCAGGUCUGCACCACGCUUCGUCGUUGGGAAAUAUCGACACAUCAUCGCAGGCGAAGGUAAAUUUUGCGGCCCGCAGUUACGACUCCGAAGAUGAAAAUAUGGGCAGAAAGAAGGGACGGCCUUUUGAGACGGGACCCUGCUCGAGGGCUCCCGUCUACUCCAAGGGAGAUAUACGCGAGCAGUACUGCCUGACGGAUCGACAGCUCAACUCAAUAGAGCAGCCAAGGCGUGAGCGAUUUUUUGGCUGCUGGUCAGGUCGCAAUGCUCCCCAAUCGUUCCUGGGCGUUUGUGUUGGACGUCGGGCGCCCUCCGACGAGAACCUCGCCGACUACGCACCGAUGCAGCGUUACCCUAGGUACAUCAAUUCCGGUCCGAUAGCGAAAUCCAUCCUGCAGCAGUACGAUGACGACAUGGAAAGCUCGUACUUCCGCCGAAAACCGACCUCUUUUUUAUCGAACAGCGGCAACACGGGCCCAGCCGGCGGUGGCGGAGGCGGCACGGGAUUAAUUAUAGGGAGCAGCGCAACUCUGCCCGCUGGAGGUGACAGCAAGCGGUACGGCGGUUCCUGGCUACCGGCAGAGGACGAAGCAGUACGGUUAGAGGGUCCAAGCCUUUAUCGAUGUCCAGCUCAUAACGAUCUGCUACCGCCACCACCACCACCACCGAACAUUGGCCUUAUCGAUGGCAUCCCGGGCGGACCACCAAGGACGAAGCAUGUCAGCUUUGCCCGUUCCUACACGCUCACCUCAUUCGACGAGGCGAUGGGUAGUCGACCCCUGUCACGGUUGGCAGCGGCCCGUAGCCAAGAAAGACUGAUUGGCGGAAAGAAGCCUACCAUCACGCUGGCUCAGCACACGGUCACACCGUACGCGGGUGCACCGCUGCACUCGAUCCUCACACAACCCACCGCCCAGCAACCGCUGCUGCCACAAGCCCUCCAAAAGCAACCCCUAUCCGUGCCGCAGAACCCGAGCCAUGGUCAACCUCAGCAGCAGCAGCAGCAGCAGCAGCAGCAACACCAGCAACAACCGCAACAGCCUCAACAUGUGCUCAUCCAGCAGCAACCGACAUCCCAUUUACAUCAGCAUUUGCACCAGCAGCAUCUACAACACCUGCAGCAGCAACAAGCGGCUCUGCUUGCCCAUCAAGCACACCUCCAGCAUCAACAACAGCAGCAUCAACAACAUCAGCAUCAACAACACCAGCAACAACAGCAGCAACAUCAAGCAGCACAGCUCGCGGCACAACAACAACAACUUCAACAUCAGCAAGAAAUGGUUGUGCUGGAGAAAGUGAAACGUAGUGCAAUGAAGACGCAAGCAACGCAGACGGAAGUGUACUUGGGGAAGAAAGGAACCGCACCACACAAUCUCUCCCUUAGCCCCAGAACUAUACAUCGGGUAAAAAUGGUUUCUCAAGGUGCCCAAACGAAUGGAGGGCUCAACGGUGGAGGCCGUAAGCUAACCAAGAGUCUAUCAGAAGCUGGCGAUCGAAUCCAGGAGAAUGGAAUCGAUCCAAAUGUAAUCCAACCAGUCGACACGGAAACCAGUCCAAACGUAAACUUCGAUCAUGAGCUGCUGCAUCGCACGCAAUCGGAAGAACCACCGAAAUCCCCAUUUACCAUCACGUCACCGCCCGCCUCCCAUGUAGGGCCACAUUUCGAGCUACCAUCGUCACGUACAUCCUCACAGCUGAGCCAUUCCGACGGUACACACCUGACGCACUCGCGAAACCACUCGCAGGACAGUGCCACCUCCUACCGCUCGACGGAUGGUUCACGGACGUCCUAUGAGACGGCUUCCUAUCCGUACGACGCUUAUGAUAGUAUAGUGCUGCCGCGCCGUGCAAGCCAUGCCGCCGAACCGACCUUCCAGUUCUUGCGUAAACAGGACCUGGAGCAGGUGCACCAUCACCAUCAGCAGCAACAACUGCAGCAGCAACACCAACCAGCGCCACAUCAGUCACAGUACACGCACGGUUACGAGAAUGGCUACGUUCCGUUCGAGACGCACAGCUUGCCGCGACGAACUUGCAUCCACCACAAACCGGAGGAGUUCCACACGCACACACUGCCGCGACGUGACCUCGGCCAUGCACAUCACCAUCACGAGAUAGUUUACCGGGAUCAGUCCCACCCGUCGCUACCCGCCCCAGAGCAUCUCAUCCUGUCCAACGGAAGCGUUAAUCAAGAUGUUCGAUCUUUUGACAGCACGCCUUCGGUGACGACCCUGAACCGACGGAUGUCGGCCCAUGCGAUUGUACUUCCUCCCGAGAAGCAGCAGCAUUCGACUGGACUUCCGCUUGUUCAAGGGCUCCACCAGCAGCAGCAACAACAUCAGCAACAUCAGCAGCAGCAACAACAACGGCGUGCUUCCUACGCAUUCGUAACACCGGACACACACGCGCUAGCCAAACGGAAUUCCAUUCCCCAUCAGCAAGUGCAGAAGGUGCAACCCAUAAUGCAGGCACAGUUUGCCACGCCGGUAAAGACACAACAACCGUUCCAACCGCUGGUGAAACCACAACCACCCGUCCUACCAACACACUACACCUCCCAUACCGCCCCACCAUCUUGUCCGGUGACUCCACCCAACAUUCAACCGCUAGACAUGCAAGACGACACCAAGUCUUCUUCCGAGGGCAGCUGUUCGACGUGCGAGUCCGAGAGCGAACCGGAGCUGGACGGUCCCGGUGAGGAGCGGGAGAUUUUCAUCGACUUUAAACCGCGUGUUUCGCCCGUUCCUUCGCCGGGGGCGGUCAAGAAGAAAAAGCUCCAGAAGGCACAGUCCGAGGGUGAGCUAGCACACGCCGAAAGGCGCAAAUCGAGUACGGGGGAUGGCGACGGUGGUAGCUCUACCGUACCAACCGCAAGCGACGAUGAAGGGCGUUCGACGAUGCGUGAGCAGUGUGUACCACCACUACCGAAACCGGACUAUCGCGAUGCAAGUGAAAGCUCCGUUCCGGACGACGAGCCGCCGGUGAUGGCAGAUCGACGAAAGGAAAGCUUCCGCAAGCGUUCGGUUAGUCUGGACCAGCCGACGAGCUGUGAGCAGGAGGACGAUGACCAGCAGGCGGCACCCAUCAAACAGCAUGCUGGCGAAGAGGUACGAUCUCACGUGCACGGUGCACAGCGAAUGUCGUCUAGGUCUCGAUCGAUUGGAGCAGCAAUUGGGUCCCGUCAUCUUUCUGCUCCACCUUCACCCCAGAAGGAGGACCACUCCGCUUCGACCGGGAAGCUUCACCGUGAGGUUUCUCCCUUCCACUCAUCGGACUCGCUGGCAAACGAUGUCACGCGGGAUACAUCCGAUGGGAACUGGAACGAGUCGCAGGCAACGAUUAUGACUACAAGUCUUACGGACAACGGAAAACUGACACCAUCAUCGAGAAGAAAGAAUCUUCUUCUACAACACCAGCAACGGAGUUCGAUGGAUACGGAUGCGCUGGAUAUGGAAGACAUUGCUGAUCAGCCAUUGCCACCGCUGCCUGUAACCGUGGCCACUACUGCACUGCAGACAAACAUCGUGUCGGCCCCCAGCACGGGCCAUCAGCAGCAACCGAACGGGACGGCCAUUCAACCGACCGUGGCCGGCAUCGGGAUUGUAAAGCCCACGACCCCAUUGAUCGCCGUCAUUCCGUCGCCGAGCAUGGAACGUGAGGAACGUGAUCUGCAGUGGCAAAAGUCAGCCACUCUGCGCCGUCCUUCGCGACCAUUGUCACCUACCAAGCGAGCCGCCCGGAACGAACAGCAACAGCAGAAGCAGCAAAAGUUGCAGAAAAUCGAACCUUUAAUCCAUCGGUCCUCCGACGCUAGUGACCGCGCCGGUAAAACCGAUUCCAGUCCAUCAUCAUCGAUGGCUCCCGGAAGUGGUGGCCCCGCGACACCUCAGCAACCUAUCCCUUCCUCAACCAAGCUACCCCACCACCACCAUCAAAUCACGGCCACCACACCGGUGGCCGCACGGUUCACCAAAGGUUCGCCCGGGAACGGUGUCGAUCUGUUGAAGGACCAUCCCGUGCUCUGUCAGGAGCCAACGCCCGGUGGCGGUGGUGCUGGAUCAGAGGGCAGCACUACCGAAGACUAUGUCACGUGCACCGAGAACUCGAAGCGCGGUGCUUCGGGAGCUAAAGCCACCACUCAGGAUGGAUCAUCCUUUGAGAGUGCGUCCUCCAUCUACAGCCUUGCGCGGGUCGAUGCCGUGUGCGAAGAGACGCCUCCAAUCGAGGAGAAAUCCGUUUCACCACAGAUCCCACCGCCUCCCAUCCCGAAACCCUCUCCGACGCACUCCGUCAGCAGCAGUUCGAGUGAUAGUUUCAGUGUCAGCAAGAAGAGUUCACCUUCACGGCCCGCCCUACCCAAGGCGAUCGCUGGCAAGGUGAAACCCUCAAAGCCCCAAUCACUAUCAGACGACGAGCGGAGUGAAAAGAGGUACUCUUCAUCGCAUGAUGAAAAGGAGGCUACGCCGAAGGUACCGUACUCUGCCUCCGCAACCGGAACUAUCGCUCGAAGCGCUCGACGCGGUCGCGACUGGAACGAGGAGGAACGGCGUAGGAAAAAGAGCACCUUCAAGCUGGAAUUUGACAAAGACUCGAUUAAAACCUACACCACACCGAUGCUUCGCCAGCCGAGUCCGGGUUUCAAGAAACUUUCGCCUGAGGACAAGAGUGCGCUGAAUGUGUUGGAUGGUGCAAGCCCCAGUAGCAAGCAGAAACGUUUCCGACCGAAGACUCGCAAGUCUCCGCGGGCGCGUAGUGCCGUUCCGGAAGAAACAGCAACGGCGGGAACUGUUGUACCAACAGGAACAUUACCACGGCGUAGUAAAACACCUCUGGUACGAUCACCAGACAAACCUACCACAACGACGGCGGCCCCUACGACGGCAGUGGUACUGGCGACACCCCAGCCGACCAUUGUUACUACCGGUGCGAAACUCAGCCCCUCGCAGUACUACUCCCAGAUCCGAAGUCCACCCACCGCUGGAUCUCCUCACAAGCAGAAAAUCUCUCCCGAGAAGCGUCUGCAAGCGAUCUCUACCGAAUCGCUGCGUUCAGUGUCACCCGGUUCGGAUUCGGUGUUUUACAGUGAAGCCGACGCAUUGUCUCAUUGCGAACAACAGGUCCAUUGCUCGCACUGUGGUAAGGAAGUCGAAGUGGCAAAUCUCCCAGGCGAAUCGGAGGAGUCGAUCCUUACGCUCGAUUCCACGGAUAACGAUCGGCCGGACAUUGUUCAGCCACCGGAGGGGUUCGCUGAUUCACCCGACUGCACCAAAACGCCGCACCAUACGCGACUGUACAAGAAGAUGGACAAACGCUUUCGCUCCGAAGAUCGGCACGUCGAUCGGCGACACUUCAAGAGCCGGCAGGAGUACCGCGCCAAGAGCGAAGAGCGUGGCAAGGAGGAGAUCGAACAGAAUAAUCUUCGUCCGGCCGGAUCGUCGCCCUGUGUAGCACCGGCCGGCCAAGGCUACAUCGAUACCGCGUCCGAACCAGAACAGGGCAUCUACCAUGGGAACUAUAAGGCUGGUCUGUGGAUCUGUAUCGCCGAUCGCGACGUUUGGCGACGACACGAGCUACCGGACGGGAGUUUUGAUCGUCCGAAAGAUGCGACGCUCGAGCGGCGUGGUUCCACCGAUUCGGAGCGAGAUUUUCGAAAGAAAUAUCAAGCAAUCACGCACCGCCUAGUACACCGAAAAUCAUGCGUCGAGAUGUACCGACGUCAAAAUAGUAACAGUUUCGACACCGAUAAAACGGUGGUCGUAUGCAGGAAGUCUGGCGAGUUCGGAUUCCGUAUACACGGCUCGAAGCCGGUCGUCGUGUCCGCAAUCGAACCGGACACGCCGGCCGAAACUUCUGGCCUAGAGGUAGGUGAUAUUGUACUGUCGGUCAACGGUAUAUCGGUGAUCGACAAAAGUCACUCGGAGGUUGUGAAAAUUGCCCACGCUGGCAGCGAUACGCUAGAGUUGGAGGUCGCUCGUACGAUUGGGAUGCUGUCACCCAUGGAAGACAUCGCCUCGCAUCCCUCGAUCUACACCGGAUUUCUGUGGAGGUAUUGUGCCAGCGGUGGUAAAUGGGUCCGACGAUGGUUCUCCCUUCGACCAGACCAUUGUCUAUACUACUACAAAUCAGAUGCGGAUAACCAACCGAUCGGAGCGAUCAUGCUGACAAACCACACGAUCGAACGCAUCCCGCUUGAGCCGAUUACACGCCCGCACAGCUUUGCCAUCGACACGGAGGAAGGCACAAAGGUGCAGUUGUCGGCGGAUUCCGAAGAGGCUGCUAGCCGAUGGAUUGCCAUUAUCAGUCACGCCGCUCAGCAGUGUGAUCCAUGGUUGGAGAAUAGUGCGCGUAAUUUGCGUCUUCCAGCCACGGGCAUCAGCAAACCCGACUGCAGUGGACCUCUGACCAAGCUGGGCAGCAAAUGGCGCUCCUGGACCAAACGAUACUGUGUGUUAAAGGAUGCGGUGCUUUACUUCUACCACGACGGCACCAGCAAAAGUGCUUUUGGAAUGGCCUGCUUGCAAGGUUAUCGGGUACAGCCUUCUUCGGCUGGUGGUAAGAAGUAUGCGUUCGAGAUAGUACCACCGGAGCUGAGCCUCAGACACUACUACUUCCACACGGAGACCGAGAUGGAUAAGAAGCGCUGGGUAGCCGCUCUGGAAUAUUCGAUAGACCGGUGGAUGAGGGCCGGCUGA